UGCCCGGGGAAGCUGCGCAGGCGGCGGUGAGGCAGGUCCGGGUAAACAGCUGCGGUGGUGGCGUAGAGAAAACCAUGUCAGGAAGAACCUCAUCUUCAAGUCACGUCAGUUUUCAUAUACCAAAGAAGAAAACAAACACCAAGUCAGAGGAUGUCCAAGUUCAGUCCCCUUUGGCAAGGCUCCUGGGCUCUCACCAUUGUGACUACCCUUUAAAAGAGUGGAGAUUAAGUGCCAACAACAGAAAGCCUUCCACAAAAGGAAGAAGGCAAAAGGAUUGCAACAGAUGCAGCUCUAAUGAUGAAGAAUCAAUUGGGCAACCCAAAGUUAUCUUGACGAAUGUCCUGAGGACGAAAAUAGGAAGAAAAUACAUGCAGGCGCAACCUAAAACUGAUGUUAAUUUUUCUGAUGCUGGCAAGUUGCAGUCAGAUCAAGCACCCUCAUCAUCUGCUGCCAGCAUAAAGAUAUGGCACAUUUUAAACCCUACUCUCCAAAGUCUUUUUCUGUCUAAAAGGCAACCCAAAGUUAUCUUGACGAACGUCCUGAGUACGAAAAUUGGAAGAAAGUACAUAGACAGCCAUGUAAUACCUGAUGCAAAUUUACCUGCUGCUGACAAAUUGCAGUCGGGCCAACUACCCUCAUCAGCUGUUGCCAGCCUACAGACAUGUCAAAUAUUAAGCUCUCCUCAUGAAAGUUCUUUUCUUUCUGAAAGGUCUGAACAUUGCCUGAGAAAGACAGAUGAUGAACUGUGUAAAUUGACCAAGGCUUCUAAGGAACUAGAAAAACCUAAUGCCGUCACUUUCAGAAGACGAGAGCUGCAGAAGAAAGAAAACAAGCAUUGUGGUGAACUGGAGAAGAGGAGCAGACACAUGAACAGCACUAGUCAGAAGGAAUUGGGCUCUUUUGAUUCUGCAAAAAGGAAAAGAAGAUAUAGUGGCCAUAUUUCUGAUCAUUGUAAUGCACACAUUCCACAAAAGUCACUUGUAGUCUCUGAAAAGCAAAGUUUGAGUUCAACUCAGUCUCCUGGUUCCAGAAUACCCUGUGAGGAUGGACAAGAUCACAGAUCUAAUCCUAUUCUCUUGCCAGACUCUCCAGCAGAGAGAGACUCUAAAGACACUUCCACCCACAGCCACUUAAGACCUGCUCACAGACACACAGAGGACUCCACCUCAGAGUCUCCUCCCAGAAAUUUGUCAAAGAAACAACUUUCUGCUGCCAGUGAGGAUGUGAUUUCACCACAAGUUAGUACAAUCAGGAAGUUAAAGAUGGACAAAUCAGAGUACCUGAGCAAGCUGCGGAACAGAAUCUGCAGGGGUAAUCAGCAACUUGUUUCCAUUGACCCAAUCAUCCUUUCCAGUGAUGAUGAAGAUGAUGGACCUUCUGAACCACAAUGUACAGAGCUGAUGCAGGAUAUCACUGAAAAUAAACAAACAGACCAACAGUCUGACUUCUGUUUCACAGCCAAGCAAUUAGAAGACAAGAUGAAAAGUCACACAGAGGAGUCUUUAACCGAGUCAAUUGAAGAUAAAUGUCGUCUCAGCUUAUCUUCUGGAAGCACACCUAGAAAGCAGAGAAACCUGGCAUUGGAUGUUGAAUUUGAUAGACUACACAUUGGGAAAUUUAAAUGUUUAUCAACAGGUCCUGCUAGGUUCACAAUGAAAAAUAUUGUGAUCCCAUUUCAGGUGUCUCUUAAGAACAUUCAGCUGACUGUGGAUACACUGGAUCUGAGAAGAUUUGGCUGGUGGAAAAGUGAUGGUGGCUGUUCUUCAACAAUUAUUUUUCUUUGGUUGUCUGUGGAUUAUGUAGAAAAGAUUGAAACCCAGAUGGGAAAGUUAGUUACCAGCGAGCCAUCUAAAUCAAAUGAAUUCUUAUUUUUUGAACUGUCUCAACCACUCACAGAAUGGGAAGAAGACAGACUGACUGAACUGAUUACAGGUGUCAGCAAGAGGAACAGAGCACCAGAUCUUGCUGAGUUUUUGUCUUUGAAACAAGCAUUACCCUUGUUUAAGGAUCUUUCUCACAAAGAAAGCUCUUUCAUGAGUUGUAAUAAGGAUCUACUAAAGCAAUACAUGCCAAAAGAGGAUACCUCAGAUGCUCAUGAGCCUGUAAUUCAGGAACCAAAGCUAAAAGUGAUCAGGCCCAGUUAUGCCCUUGCAAAUAAGCAGAAUAGUGGCUGCUAUUGUAUCUAUUUGUCCUCUGCACUGAAUGAAGAAUGGAAAGAAGUAAGAGAAAUGGGAGCAGUUAAGAAUUUAAUUGUUUAUCCACCCCCACCUGCAAAAGGAGGACUGGGAGUCACAAGAGAAGACCUGGAGUGCUUAGAAUAUGGAGAGUUUCUCAAUGAUGUCAUCAUUGAUUUCUAUCUUAAAUAUCUGUUAUUGGAGAAGGCGCCAAAACAUGUUGCUGACCGUACGCACAUUUUUAGCAGUUUCUUCUACAAGUGCCUGACCAGGACAGAAAAAAACUCUGAGGGGGACAUCAAAGUUUCAGCAGCACAGAGAAGACACAGAGGAGUAAGAACAUGGACUCGCCAUAUAAAUAUUUUCAAUAAAGAUUAUAUCUUUGUGCCUGUGAAUGAGGAAUCUCAUUGGUACAUUGCAGUUAUCUGUUUUCCUUGGUUAGAAGAAGUUGUGUAUGAGGAGUGUCCCCCUCAGAAUUCAUUACAUCACUGGCCUCAGCAGUCUCCACUUGAGCCAGAGAGCGAGAACACUAGAGCUGGUUCAGUGCUCUUCAAGGAUGAAGAAGAGAUGGAUGAUGGAAACAAAAUGGCUGCUUCUGCUUCAGUUCUAUAUUCAGCUGUUUCUAAAAUCUCCCUAAGUAAUUCCAAAAAGCAGAUUUGUAAAAGGCCUUGUAUACUCAUCUUAGAUUCCCUGAAAGCAUGUUCUGUGCAGAAAACUGUUCAGGUUUUGAGAGAGUACCUUGAAGUGGAAUGGGAAGCUAAACGAAAAACACAUCGGGAAUUCAGUAAAUCAACAAUGAUUGACCUAUGUCCUAGAGUGCCUAAACAAGAUAACAGCAGUGAUUGUGGGGUCUAUUUGCUGCAGUAUGUGGAAAGCUUCUUCCAGAAUCCCAUAGUUAAUUUUGAACAACCAUUGCAUCUGGAGAAUUGGUUCCCUCGUCAGCUGAUCAGAAACAAAAGAGAAGAAAUUAGAGACCUGAUCUUGCAACUGCACUUCCAACAGCAGAGUGGCAGCAGCAGCUAAUAAAUCUAAUAAGGCAGUCCUGGCAAAUGACACUGCCCUAUAAAAUAACUGGAACUCUGCUUAGUGGUGUUUGGUGUCUCCCUGCCUUGCAAGGAAGGAAGGAAAAAAAAAAGGCACAAGAAAGAACCUUUUGUUCAGCAUUUAUUUAUUUAAAGAUGUUUUUUUCACUGGUGGUGUGUGUUCUAAUGAUGCUGGAAGGGGAAAAGGAAAGGUUGUAGGUAAUAAUGUAAAUAUGUAAGUUAAAACUAAUGCAUGUGGACUGCUCGUUGAUUCUUGGAAUAUGUAAGCUGCCUACAGGUAUUGCCUCAAGGAUGUAAAAAUACUUCAGUCUUUUGGAGCCUGUUCUUUAUAAUUCCAUAUAAACAUGGAUGAUAUGUCAAAGUCAGGCCUGAAGACAGGAUCUGGAUCCUGUAUUGUGUCUCUUGAUUUGCAGCUGAUACAGAUAGAAUGAAUACUAUGUAUUGUUUUACUUUAAGGAUUUAAUAUUGACUCUCUUUAGAGAUGUAUUUUUUUGUUUCUGAUUAUAUACAGAAGUAAUCUGCAUGUCAGAAAAUCCUGCCAAGAUUUGAAGCUGAGUUUUGAUGAUUUUUUUUAAAAAAAUAUUUUCCCCCUUCCUGGGAUUUUCAUAUUUCAUUUUCAUAUUUCAUUUUCAAAUGUGUUUCCACAAGUGGAAGACAUUAGUUUGAGUGACUGUUGAAAUACUUCAAAGUUGGGAGUGUAUUUUCUUUUAAGUUUUUUUUUUUUUCUUAACAGAUUUUAGGAGCAAACUUGCCCUCAAAGUUCAUACCAAUACAGUAUGUGUAGGCAGUAUAUUUUUUCAUGCUAUUCACCUGAUUUUGGGGAAUAAUUCCUACAAAUCUUAAGGCAUCACCUGCAUUAGCAAAGCAAGCAGGGUGUGGCUUAACAGCCUCAAAAGUAGGUAGUGCUUUACUGAAAAAUAAGGUCUUUAAGAUAUGUUAUUUACAUAUAAGAAAAACAGGACUUACACCUUUCUUAGGAGAAUUGAGUAAAGAUGACUGAAUAUUGAGUGUUUGAACUCAGACUUGAUUUGAUAAACUAGCACAAGUUCAUCAUUGUCUUAAUUUAUAUUUAUGUAGCUUUUCCUUGAACAGUGAUCACAUUUUGAUGUGUGCACUUUUUUCUGUACUCAUUGCAUGAUAGAAGGUGGCUGUUCUAAAAGGAUGCUUUCUCCUGUUCCCCACUCUAAGUUUGUCAUCUCACCCUUCAGAAGGACUGUGUUUCAGAUAACCACCAAAAACACCUGUGUCAUAAAAUGGUCUACAAAACCAGAGCACUUAAAGUUGGGAGUACAAUAGGGAGUUAAAAUAAAAAUUGAGGGCAACCCAAAGAUGUGAGCAUUUUUGUCAUUGCAGAAUUCUCAGGGCCCCUUCCCUCAAGACAACUCUGAAACUUGGCUUUUGGAAAAUGUAGUUAUUGUUUUGGGUUCUGUACAGCCACCCAAUACCUCUCUCCCCCCCUCCCUUUUUUUUUUUUUUUCUCAAACCAGGAAGCAUACUUUCUGGGGGAGAGAGACAAUUUUAAAAUAACAAUUGGCUGAGCACAGUUACCUUCUGUGUAGCUGUGAGCAACCCUGUGCAAUGACCUCAAGUUUUUUGUCUGUUUCUAGUUUAAUUCGGUAGUUUGUCACUACCCCUUCUUCCCCAGCCUCCCGACAUCUUUCCCUCUCAUCCCAGAGUUGUCUUUUAGCACCUAAAUCACAACACCAGCAUUGCUUACAAGAGUAAUCUGUGUAUUUAUUGUAAAAAUAAAAAAAGAUAAAAUGCAGAAAUAUGUUCCCUUUCUCUACAUGUUUCUUAAUUGGUUGAUAUUUUCAGUGUUCCCUUAUGAAAAACAGUUUGGACUUGUUCUUAUGGUAAAAUUAGGUUUUGUCACCAGGUGAUUGGUUCUUUUUAGAUUGACUGGUUUAUAGAUGUUUAAAAGUAAAAUAAUAUAUGCAAGUUUCUAAAUCGAUUUUAUAACACAAAAUUAUUGCCUUUUUAGAUUUCUUAUAUAUGUGCUAUGAGAAUGCCAAUGCAUUUGAUAUUAAAAUUAUCUCCAGAA